AUGCGCAGCGCGGCAGACUCACCCCGGAAUCGCGGCAUGCCGGCGUCGCCACGGCGAGCGCGCGGGGCGCAGGCGGACCUCGGCGUCGUGUCGGAGUACGACCCCGCGGGCCACCUGACGCGAUCGUGGCGCGGCGGGUGGCAGGACGCUGCCCGGGAACCACGUGGGGCCGCGGGAGGCGUGUCCGGGGCGCUUACGGCGGCGUUCCUCCCUGCGGGGUACCCCACGUCGGUGACGGACGACUACCUGCCCUUCCAGACCUGGGACACCGCGCAGGGCCUGUGCAGCUACGUGCGAGGGUCGCUGACGAGCCACGCGCUGCUGCGCGGCGUCGGCGUGGGGGCCGCGGCGGCGACGGCGGUGGCGGCGACCUUCCAGUUCAUCCUGAAGGACAUGGCCGGGAUGCUGGGCGGAAUUUGCUUCGCUUCCGCGGCGGGGGCGUCGCUGGACAAGCACGCGAAGCAGUGGCGGCUGUUUGCGGACCUGAUGAACAACGUGGGGCUGUUCAUGGAGCUCCUCUCGCCCAGCGCUGGGGCUGGGGCGGGCUUCCUCCUCCUGGCCUCGGCAGGGGCGAUGGCGCGCAGCGUGACCGGGGUUGCGGCGGGGGCGACGCGCGUGGCGAUGACGUCGCAUUUCGCGAGACAGGGCUACGUGGGCCGCCCGCGCGCCGCACGCACGGACAUUCCGCUCAACAUAUCGCCGGCACGUUGCGCGCCGAGCCUCGAGCGCUGUUGA